UGGCUGAGUAGACAGAAAGUAGUAUAGUUAUAUGUUAAUAUUCUUUUUAAAAAUUUUCCUAAUUUUCGUGGCGCGUAUACCGAAAUUCCCUGGCUUAAAAUUACAGAGUCAAUCAGUGACGAGUUUAUUUUUCCAAAGCUUAGCAUAUAAUUCCCAUUUCUGAAAUGAGCCACACGAAUCUACAUUCGUACCCGGUGGAUGGCUACCAGCGCGUCAGCUACUGCCGGACAGCUUCCAUGAGACGGAUUAGGGACGACGGCGAUAACGCCGCUGGGGACGGCGUUGUCAUUUCCAAGGAUCUGAUCCUUGGGUGCAAGCCAGAGAAGGCCGACGACUUUAGACCGUUUGUCUUUGAACCGACGUGGUGCGUGUACAUCAAGGCGCAGGACGAUAUAGACAUGGGCCGUUACGUGAAGCGGGUGACAUUCCGCAUGUCGCCGCGUCUGCCGCUGCGUCUGCAUGUGGCUGAUGCGUCGCCUUUCGAAAUCACCGAAGUACUAAGCACCGACUUUCCGCUGGAGCUGCAGGUGGACUACUUGGACCCCACCAUGUCGCCCACUACUUAUAUGUACAAGCCGAACGAUGUCUUUGACGGCAAAUACAAUGUUGAUCUGCGAAUGAAUUUCCAGGGUCACGAGCGGAGGGACAAAAUGUUCUUUAUGAAUCCAUCGCCUGCUAUGCAGCUGACCCUAACAACACCUGCGCCGCCAUUAGUGACCCCAACUCUGCCUACAAAGUUGAAAUUGCGCCUGGCUCCGCCACGAGAUGCGGAGCGGGUUGUAAAGAAGCCAAAAUCUGCCAAGUCUUCCACUCCCAACUCGGAAGAGUCGGUACCGCCUAAUGCGGAGCAGAAUUUGAUACAAUUUACAACGCCGACGGCUCCCAGGCCCAUAUUCAAUGUGCGCCUGCCUGCGUUCAUAGAAAUGAGCCCAGGCAAGCCUUAG